UAUUUAUUUGUUUGAGCCGUAUUAUCGUUGAAAGGUGAUUUGUUAUCGCGUGGAGGUGUUUGGCUUGUUAGCAAAUAAAUAGUCAAAAUUAGUGUGUGAAAGUGCUACCAAAAAGGAUUUGUUGGAGAUUUUACCUGGAAUGCAAAUCGUAAUAUUAAAAAAAGCAUGAAAACGUAAUUGUUGCAAAAAAUGGAAAACAACAACGAGUGCGAAAACCCCGAACGACUGAAUUCCAACACAGAGUAUUUACCAACGAAAUGUCGAAUAACGAAACCUCCUCCUCCAAAACCAGCGACAAACCCUUUACAAUUUGUCAAAGUGGCACCGUGUCCACUUUUUCAAAAAGCUCACGAACAAAUUAAAAAAGUCGAAGAAAUUAAAAAGGAGCGAAAAGAAGUCAGAGAGGAGGCCGAAGAUUGGCAACAAAAUCUUGAUAACUGGAAAAGUUGUCGAAGAAAACGCCAAGAACAUAUCAUCGAACGCGUUGUCGAAGUGAAAAAAAUGGAACAAGAAGAACAAGAAAGAAAUAGAAAGAAGAGUAAAACCUUCAGUGAGAUGAUGGAAGACAGGAGUAAAGGCCGACACAAGUUCAACAUCCCUAUUUACGACGACGACUCCAAUGACUUAAGCGAUUAUGGCAUUGGAAGUAGUAGCUCGAAAACUAACAGCAUCAAAGAUGUUGACACUGAUGAUAGUUGCAGUAUUUUAGACGAGAAAGAAAAUCGGUCUUUCGAAUCACCAUGUAACAAAGACAAUUCAAGUGCUUCAAACCAAAGUCAAAGUGAAGAUGAAACUAACAGUACUAAAAAAGACCACGCCCGAUUGAGUUCAAAUAAUGUGAUCAAACAAACGUCUUUAUACACAUCAACCAAAACAAACGACAACAAAACAGAAACUACAGAACAAUACACCUACGAAGGCGCUAUCCAAGAUUACAGAACAAGAAUUCGUUCCCGAAUCUUCGUCGACGAAUCAAUUUUCACUAAAACCCAAGAUUAUUCAAAAAGUAAAGAAUUUUCCGAAGCUCAAACCGCGUUACCGAAAGGUGAAAUAUUUAAAAGAAAGGAAAUAUUCGAAAUGGAAAAACCGCUAGAAAUCAAUAAUUACGAAUCGCCAACAGCUCGCCGAUUAUCCGAAGAUUUCGUGAACACUCAAAGUAUCAAACAGCGGUUAAAAAGCCUCGAAAAGUGCACAGAACAAUCGUUAACGAACGACUCAGUCAAACAAAGAUUGCACAACGAUGACACAAAAAACAACAAUAAAGCAAGACCGGCAAAAAUAAGCAAUUACCUAAUCGACAAAUCGAGCCUAGAAACAAAAAAUAACAUAAACGCCGAGUGGAAGAAAAAGGAAACCGAGCGAUGUUCUAGUCCCGAAACCGAGCUCUACAUGGACAACUUGAAGACUUUCAGCCGCGAUCUGGACACUCUAAUGUAUGGCAAAUCGGGCAACAACAUCGACGAUUAUUGCGUGAACCCCAACUACCCGCCGUCGACCUCCUCGACCGAAUUGAUGGGAAUUUCGUCGGAUCGCGAAGACAGCGGCAUUCACACCGCCGAUGUGUCGUGCUCCGUGAGCCAAGCCGACGAACCAGUCGAAGAUAACGAAUUAGCCGCGACGACGAUUCCGAGUUGUAUUGAAAAGUUGACAAUAGAUAAACGCAACGAAUUUGACGAGAUUCCCGCAAGCCAAAACGAACUCAAUUACGUGACCACAACUCAACUUGAAAUCGGAAAUAAACCCGAAACGAACAAAACUGACAUGAAACAAGUCGUCGAAUCGACUCUCACUCUACUCGAGUCGCUACAAAGAGACUCGUCCGAAAACCAAUCCGCUGAAAAAAGCGUACCGUGCAAACCACAACAAAAUGUCACUCCGGUUGAGUUUAUAGACGAGAUUGUCAUCGACGGGGCGUUUCCGCUGGCGCCGCCCAAAAUGAUCGAGCCCCCGAAAGUCAAACCGCCGCCGCCGCCACCCGUUGACGAAGACCCGGUCGAGAUGAAACGGCUCAAUUCGACGAAACGUAUCAAGCGAGAAAUGCAUAUCAAACGGUCCAGUUUUCUGGGCCUUGACGAACCAACCGACGACCAAAUCUAUCCAGAAGUUACGGUGGACAAACCCCCUGAUAUCAGUUCGUUCCUACAGAAGGAAUCCAAGUUGGAGAAACAGUUGUACAAGAAGACCCAAGAGGAAAAUCGGAUGGGGAUUUUGAGCAAAGUUGAGAGUCACGACUCGGGGUUGGAUAUCGACAGGGGGCGCUUAUCUAGUGAUACUUGGUGUAGUAGUAUUGGGGAUUCGACUACCCCAAGCCCGGAAAGACACGACAGUGAGCAAACGAACAGUAUUACAUCCGAAGAAGACGAAAUAACGAAAAAAGAACGCGAAAUAAUCGAAAUGGUAGAGAAGGAAGAAAAGUCACGUGACGGUGUUGAAUACUUAAGCCCGAGUGAGAAGCAGAAUCAAGUCAUUUUGCGAAAUAAUCAACUCAACGAGCCUUACCUAGGAAGUGAAAGUUUCAACAAUCCGUAUUUCCCUAAAGAACCCUCGAACUACCUCGACGAUCAAGACUCCGAAGUUUUGAAAGUCGAGCACGAACUGCGCCAGUUGGAACGCGAAGAACUCAAAAGACAACAUGAGAAUAUGUUGUUUCAGGAAAGUCGGGCCAAGGCUCGAUUGAACAACCGGCACUCGUCCGAGAAUAUUUUCGACGAUAUGUACUACCAGGACGGCGUCAAUUACCGCAAAUCGAUGCCUGAGUUACAACACGUCCCUCUAGAAUAUAGGAAAUCACUGCCCGAUGUACCAAAUGCGUACAGUGUGUACAGACCUGUGCCUGAAUUAGACGUCCAGUACAGAAAGUCCAUGCCUGACAUUCAACACGCUUACCAUAAAUCCGUACCAGAAUACCACAAAUCAGUCAGUGAGAACCUCGACCAUCGCAAAUCAAUGCCCGACAUACAAAGAUCCGCCUUCAAGUCACCGCCACCCGUCAAGAAACAACCAAUAAUGCCGGGAAAGCCCAUCCGGCCCAUGAGUAAGGAACAAAGAGACAGAUACCUGAUGAUGAACCCCACGAUGACGGACUCCGGCGGUAAACCGCGCCAACUCUCCCGUCACAGCCUACAAGCCUUGAGUGCCGUCCCGAAAAACCGACACCUCCCGGUCGAUAACUGGAUCCAGCCGAGGCAAAAUGUGGACAAAAACGCCAAACAGCACUGGCUCAUACAAGAGGCCGAAUUGCGGCGCAUCAGCGAGCAAAAAAACGCAGCGAGUCGAAAUUGGCAACAGCCGCGCCAGGAAAAACAUCUGCCUGACUCCGUGAUCCAGACCUUGACGCAGAGGGCGCAAAAUCGGGCCGAAAUCAACGACCGGAAUCAACCAGUUCGAAGGUCGGAGACGAGUCCCAGCAAGGACGGGAUGCAGCACCCAUAUCUGGGCCACGCCUUACCAAUGCCUUAUCCGCCGCCCAUCGCCAUGGAGGAGACGCAAGACCGCCGUCUGAGUGUCAGCGGGAAGAAGAAGUGUUCGAAUUGUAACAAAGAGCUCGGGAGGGGUGCGGCGAUGAUAAUCGAGAGUUUGUGUCUUUUUUACCACAUGGAGUGUUUCAUUUGUUGCGUCUGCCAUAUGCAGCUAGGUGAUGGGCGAAUGGGGACUGACGUACGGGUCCGAAACCAAAAGUUACACUGCCAUAAUUGUUAUUCCAGUGAUGAUGGCAUCAAGUUCAGUUGCGUAUAAUGUAUAUAAAAUUGUAUAUAUUCGCGAGGAUCAUGUUAUGUAUUUAUACACCUUUGUACUAUAUGUUGAUCAUUGUAAUAUAAUUAUUUAGGAAAGAAGUUUACAAGUUGUUACGAAAUAGGUGCCAAAUUUUUCAUUGUACCAUCUUUUUUGAUAAAAGAACAUUUAUUUGUACGUUUAUAUGGAAAAGGGUUAAAAAUUUAGUGAACAUUGUUAGGACCUAUGUUUAUUAGGUAUUAUUCAGUAUAAUUGUAACAAAGCAGUAAUAUAUUCAAUACUCUGUUAACUUAGGUUGUGUUAUAACUGUUAUUGUAAUUCUUAUUUAUUGUUUUCUUAUCACUGCACUGAAAUUUUUGUAGCAGCUAAUUUCGAUUAUCUUGUUGUGAAUAGCAGUUCAAUCAAUUAUUAAUUAAUUUCGUUGUUUAUAAGACUUCAAAUUUAUUUAAUUACUUCUGUGUAUGAAAAUAUUAAAAUUGGUAGCUUUA